CGUGUCUCCCCCGAGGAGAACAUGACUGCCCUCCUGCCGCUGCUGCUGGGCCUCAGCCUGGGCUGCACCGGAGCAGGAGGCUUUGUGGCCCACGUGGAAAGCACCUGUCUGCUGGAUGACGAUGGGACUCCAAAAGAGUUCACAUAUUGUAUCUCCUUCAACAAGGAUUUACUGACCUGCUGGGAUCCCCUGCAGGCCAGUAUGGUCCCUUGUGAAUUUGGGGUACUGAACGGCUUGGCCAAAUAUCUCUCAGAUUACCUCAACCAUAAGGAAAGCCUGAUCCAACGCUUAUCCAACGGGCUGCAGGACUGUGCCACACACACCCAGCCCUUCUGGAGAUCUCUGACCCACAGGACACGACCGCCAUCUGUGCAAGUAGCUAAAACCACUCCUUUUAACACAAGGGAGACUGUGAUGCUGGCCUGCUACGUGUGGGGCUUCUAUCCAGCUGAUGUGACCAUCACGUGGAGGAAGAACGGGCAGCCGGUCCUCCCUCACAGCAGCGCCUAUAAAAUCGCCCAGCCCAACGGAGACUGGACAUACCAGACCGUCUCCCAUUUGGCCACAACCCCCUCUUUUGGGGACACCUACACCUGUGUGGUAGAGCACAGUGGCGCUCUUGAACCCAUCCUUCAGGACUGGACUCCUGGGCUAUCGCCAGUGCAGACAGUAAAGGUUUCCGCGUGUGCUGUGACUCUGGGCCUGGGCCUCAUCAUCUUCUCUCUUGGUUUGCUCAGCUGGCGGAGAGCUGCCCCCUCUUGCUACGUUUUCCUCCCAGGGUCCAAUUAUCCAGAAGAUCAGCACAUUUCCUAGAGGCAGAAUCCUACAACUUCCUCUCCACGUGAGGAGAUUCAAACUCUUUUUUUUUUUUCCCCAUGGUAUGCGGGCCUCUCACUGUUGUGGCCUCUCCCGUUGUGGAGCACAGGCUCCGGACUCGCAGGCC